CUGCUUGUCUGCUCCGCACUGCUCUGCAGUUGCCCUGAGCGCGUGCCGGAGCCUGCACACGUGUGUGUGGAUUGGAUGUGUGUGUGUGAGUGAGUGUGUGUAUGGGCCAUUGUGCACCGGGGUUCUUGGAAGACAGCAGAACGUUAUCCUGCUCUCCUUUUUGGUUCUCUAUUUCUGCUCAUGUUCUACGUUCGCCACCUAGACCAUCGGAGACCUGGUCAGAAGAGAACUGAGAGAAAGGCAUUGUGUGUGUGUGUGUGUGUCGUGUGCGUGUGCCGGGAUGUCUUAUGUUGUAGGAGUAGAGGGUCAGAGCUGGAUGGGGGAAGGAUGAAGAGAUGAAAGCGCCAGAAUUUCCCUCCUCUUCAGAAUCCAUUCUUGAGUGGAGGCUCCUUGAACAGAGGAAGUGUCAAGUGCAGUCGUCAAGCGCGGCCUUCGAUACUACUCUGGGCCCAGGACCACACAGAGUAAACAUUGAUUCCGAUUUCGAUGAAGGUCGUGCCAUGUCCUGCCCCAGCUACCCUGGCUGACAGCGCUACUUAAGUCCAGUUUUUCAGUUCCAUUCUACGGCAGGGGAGGAUGGGUGAUGGGCCUGUGAGUUUCUGUGGCCUCUCUCCUCAUCCCACCCACUCAUGGAGCCUCCAAUCACGCCCAGCCCCUGGUGGAACACUUCCCUUCCUCCCCCCCCCUGGCUCCCAGCCUCUCUCCACCCCAAUGCCUCCUCCAAUGUCAGCCAGUCAAGCAGUGGUGGUGGUGGUGGUGGUACACUGACACAGUCCUUGGCGCUGUGUGCCAUGCUUCUCAUGGACAUCCUUGCAGUGGUUGGAAACCUGGCCGUGAUGGCUGUCAUCACCAAGACCCCGCAGCUGAGGAAGUUUGCCUUUGUGUUCCACCUGUGUCUGGUGGACCUGCUGGCGGCCCUGGUGUUAAUGCCGCUCGGCAUGCUGUCCAAUCGGGUUCUGGUGGACGAGGCCUUGUGCCGGUGCUACCUCUGCCUGAGCGUGUGCCUGGUCAGCGCCGCCAUCCUCUCCAUCUCCGCCAUCAACGUGGAGCGCUACUACUACAUUAUUCAUCCCAUGCGUCACGAGGUCAAGAUGACCGUGGGGGUGGUGGCGUUGGUGCUGGUUGGGAUAUGGGUCAAAGCCAUUGUGAUGUCCGCCCUGCCUUUGCUGGGCUGGUUGCUGCAGGGGGACAGGGGUCCUGUCCUGGCUUCGGGUCAGAGAUGCUGCUCCCUACACUGGAGCGGGGGUGGAGAAACCACACGCCUGGUGUUCAUGGUCUUCUUUACCUUCAUCUACUUCCUGUGCCCCGUACUCAUCAUCCUAGUGGUGUACUGCAACAUGUUCAAGGUGGCGCGGGUGGCAGCCAUGCAACACGGGCCUCUGCCCACCUGGGUGGACACGCCUCGGCAGCGCACGGAGUCGCUCAGCAGCCAUUCCACCAUGGUGGCCAGCCUGGGGGGGGCCCGCACCACCCCUCAGAGGACCUUCAGUGGAGGGAAGGCCGCGGUGGUUCUGAUGGCAGUAGGGGGCCAGUUCCUGUGCUGCUGGCUCCCUUACUUCUCGUUCCACCUCUACUCCGCCCUGGUGUCUACCUCGACGACCUCCAUGGCCCAGUUAGAGGAAGUGGUCACCUGGAUUGGCUAUUUCUGCUUCACCUCCAACCCCUUUUUCUACGGAUGCCUCAACCGACAGAUCCGUGAGGAGCUGGGCCGCCACCUGGCCUGUCUCUUUAAGAGGGCGGGGGAGGGGGAGCAGCUGCCUAGCCGGGAGGCCUCUAUCGAGGAGAACUUCAUGCAGUUUCUCCAGGGCACCGGGUGCAAUCUGGAGUCCCGUAACUCCCACAGCAGGGCCAGCCCUGGGGAGCAGAAGGAGCAGGAUCCCCCUCAGGACCCGGCUGUCCAACAGAACACGCCUGCUGACUUCCACAUCCCUGGACAAAUUAUAGAGGAGACCUCAGAGUUCAUAGAGCAGCAGCAGCUGAACAAUGACCUAAACUUAGAUAACCACUGCAGGACCCCAGCUGAGCUGUAGCUAUGAAAGUGUAAAUGUCCGAUUUUGCUGUCUGUUAAGACAGUCUUUUUGACACUCUUGGUUUUGUUCACAUUUUCUAAAGUUUAUGAAGUAUAACACAGUACCUGACAGUGCUUUGAAGUCAAUGCUACACUGGAAUAGAGCUUGUAUCCUUGAAGAAUUCAGGUCGAGUUCAAUAUGCAUUCAACUGUCAAUAGUGUUAGGGUUCUUUGCAGUAAACAAUGACAUGUCGCAUGGAUAUCCAUUUUCUCAAGACCAAACCAUUACAUGAAAUACACUGCCAGUUUGUUUUUCCCCUAAUCUUUUUCUGCAUUUUUUUCUUUCUUUGUUAACAUCCUGAUGAAAUAUGUAUUGUCUUUUGAUUUAGCAUAGAGGAAGAGAGUAUUUGGUCCUGACAUUCAUUCCCUGCAUUUCAAAUAGCACACUACCUGCCUAUAUAGUCUGUCAGACAUUCAAUGUCCCAUUACAUGAUACGUAUGAUACACUGUGCCAGAAAUGCCAGGAUGACAAACUACAAUACAUCCUUUAGCAUUUUUGCAGUAUGGCAGUCAGCAUGCCUUUCUGGCUAUUCUGACCCACAAACCUCUGCAUAGCAUCAACAACAGAGACGAUGGAGACCACAGAACAAUAGUAGACAGAUACAAACCUAUUUGCAUCAGUUACAUUGAGUAAUACUGUUGCAUUUCAUGCAGACUGGAUGCAACAAGAUAUAAUGUAAGCAUAGCUGCAUUAUCUACUUAAAGAAACAUUUACAUUAUCUUUACCAUCCAAAUGAACCUCAGGAAAUAAAGUAUAUAAUGAACAACUAUAAUAAUGUAAUCAUAAUUUAGAGUGAAUUUUAAAACUAAGGAUUCAUAUUUUUGGGCUGGUGCAAAAAAUGUUUUACAUAAUUUUUCAGUGUGUCCUUUAGGCCAUUAGAGCAUCUCCAGUUUCCCCCAUUGAAUUUAUUUAUAGUCGCUUAGCUGCUUUUUGCAAGAACAACCUUAUAAAGAACUAAAGAUCAGAUAUGAGAUAAUUCUGGUGGGCCAGUGUUCCAAUUAAUUUCAUAAAGAAAUGUAUAGGGAGAUAAGCACAGAAAGCAUUUUCAUGAGAGAAUAUUUAUUCUACUCCCUCGUCUUCUAAUGUAACCAAUAAAUUAAUGCAAAUUUAGUUGUUUUCCUCUUGAGACAAAAUAAUAUUCAGAGCCAUUUUGCUAACAAGACUAUUUAACAGCUGGUGCUAAGUCUAUUUAUAGUAAACAGGCACACACAUGUUUUUUUUUUUUUAACUAAAUUCUAAAUAUGCAACAAUGUUGUAUUUAUUUUUGUCAAUUCACAUAGCUAAACUUCAGAUACAUAUAGUCCUGUAUAAACAACACACAAAAAAGUAUACAAAUCGCCUAAUGAAUGAUAAAACGUCAUAAUCUCCUUGGCUGAUAUCACUGCUUUAUCAUCCAUUGGAGCAUUUGAAACUACAAACGUGAGGUCCAAAUAUCAACUGCAAGAAAUGUGUUUGUUUCAGUGGAGGUUUAGUGAAGCUACUGAAUGCCUCAUAGAAGUAGAUUGUAAAGAUUUUGACCAAUCACCAUCGUCUACCAAUGUUGAUGCUAUUUACAGGUAAACUUUGGAACAGUCUGGGUGCUGUAAUGUUUAGCCAUAAACAACUUUGGUUUGUUGUGAAUACAUGACACAGG